AUGAAGGUUACGCCCCUUCCGGGGCCCCAGGCGAAUAAAGCCCCGGAGGCCGGACGCGAGUUAGUCACUCUGGAAGACCAUGAUCCCGCUCACUCCGGAGGUCCCGUGAUAGGUGGAGAGAUCGCGCUCAGCCUCGGUAUUAGAAGAAAAUAUUCUAACUGCGGGAAACAGUUCAAGCAAUCCAUUACCCUGAUAACACAUCAGCCGGAUUACAACGGAAAGAGACCAUUCACCUGCUUGGAGAACGGGAAGAGAUUGACUCUCUUGUCUCAGCUGACGCGUCAACUUCAAGCUCACACCAGGGAGAAACGGUUUAUCUGCUCCGUGAGCGGGAAGGGAUUUAGUCGAUCGUUUCAUCUGCGGAGCCACCACAGGGUUCACACAGGGAUGAUGGCGUUCACCAGCUCUGCAUGCAGGAAGGAGUUCACUCAGUCAUCCAGUCUGGAGAUACAUCAACGAGAUCACACAGGGGAGAGGCAGUACAUCUGCUCGAAAUGUGGGAGAGGAUUUUGUCUGUCAUCACACUUGCUGAGACACCAGUGGAUUCACACCAGGGAGAGGCCGUUCACAUGUUCCGAGUGCGGGAAGGGGUUCACUCAGUCGUCCAGUUUAAAGAUGCACCAGCGGGUUCACACCGGGGAGAGGCCCUACACAUGUUCCGAGUGCGGGAAGGGAUUCACUCAGUCGUACAGCUUAUUGACGCACCAGCGGGUUCACACCGGGGAGAGGCCGUUCACCUGCACUGAAUGCGGGCGACGAUUCACACUAUCGUCCAGCCUAGUGAAUCACCAACGUUAUCACACUGGAGAGAGGCAGUUCAUCUGCUCCGUGUGUGGGAAGGGAUUCAAUAACUCAUCCCACCUGCUGAGGCAUCAGCGAAUCCACACCAGGGAGAGGCCCUACGCCUGCUCCGAGUGUGGGAAGGGAUUCACUAGUUUGUCCCAUCUGCAGAGACACCAGCGGAUUCACACAGGUGAGCAGCCGUACACCUGCGGCAAGUGUGGGAAGGGAUUCACGCAAUCCACCCACAUGCUGAGACACCAGCGAACUCACACUGAGGAGAAGAUUUAG